CAUCGUGCGGUUCGAACAACACGUGUAUUUUGUUUUAGUUAAAGAAAUCGUGUUUGUAGCACCCCAAAAUGAAGGUAAAAGCGGCGAAAAAGGGAAAACCUGUCCGGGAGGGACUGGUCCAAAUAAAGAAAUCGAAAACAGACAUUCAAAAGGCGAAGAAACUCAAGGAACCACUGAAACAAUCGGCAGCCAAGGUGGCGGCUUCCGAUGGUGCUGAGGCCGCUUCAGUGAAACUACCCGAAAAGCGUGUAUUUUCCAUGAAGCUUCAGCCGAAAACGCAAGCCAAACAAAAGAAACCUUCCGCUGGGAAGAAAAAUGAGCAAGAAAAUUCACCGCCCGCGAAGGGGACGAAUGGAGCAGCGCCUGCCAGAAAGGCCAAGAAGCUAAAGCUGCCGAAAGGUGUACCCGUAGUGGAGGAACAAAAAGAGGAACAAAUGGAGGAGGAUAAGCAACCCAAGUCGAAAAUAGGAGAGGCAAACAAAGCUAAAAAGGAGCUGGAAUCGCAAGUUAAGGCAUUGAAAGACGAGGAACGAAAACUGGGUGGUAAAAUACCUAAAAAGUGCACCGAUGAAACGUUGGAACUCGUUCCGGAGGAGCUGAUCUCGAAGAUGAGCUUCAAGAAGAUUUACGAAGUAUUCCGUAAAAAGGGUGAUGCGAAGGGAAACAAGCUGUUCGGAGAUGAUUUAAAGUAUAACCUUCAAAUUAUCAGCGUAAAGGUCCCACGAUGUCCGUCAAGGAAUUGUCGAAUUACUCUUCCACAUCCAUUGCUUCGUCAAGAGGACGACAUUUGUCUGAUUGUAAAGGACGCGAUCCGUGGCCGUGCAGUAGACUAUUUACCCACGUUGCACGAGUGGGAGGAUAAACUGAAGGAGUUGGACAUAGGCUACAAGGUGCAGAUUAUUCCGUUUCAGCAGCUAAAACGUGACUACGGCUCGUUCGAGAUGAAACGCAAGCUUGCUCAACGCUUCGAACGUUUCCUGGUCGAUGCGCGCAUCAGCGGGCAUGUGUUUGCCUUCCUGGGGUCUCAGUUUAUUAAGCGCUGUAAAAAUCCCACACCUGUUAAGCUGGAAAAUGAGGCCAAGAUCAAGGAGGUUCUAGAGCAUGCAUUGCAAUUGCACACCUACCGCCAGGGCAAUAAGGGUAAUUCAUCGGAAAUUAAAUUUGCCGCACACUGGAUGCCGGUGGAACAUGCAAUUGAGAAUGGGUUGGCACUGCUGGAGAAACUCAAGACCGCCUUUCCGGGCGGUUGGUUAAACAUUCAGUCGAUAAACAUAACAACGGCCACCGAAAAGUCAGACUCGUUACCGAUCUACGUCAGCACAAUCGAUCCCAAUCUGGUGCCGGUGCCGGUUGUGGUUGGUACGCGCGAAAAGUUUGUCAAGAAACAGCAGCAGUUGAUUCAGAAGCACACUGGAGGUAAGUACGAGGUGACCAAGGAGGGUAUCGUACGGAAGGUACGCACACCGAAACUGUACGGUUGGGCGAACAAUGUGGAGGAAUCGGACGUUGAGCUGGAAGACGUAGAACUGGAAAAGGAUGAUGGCUGGGUGCCGUAUGAUGAUGAUCCACAGAGGCGAUAUCGUAGACCCCGUCGUAGCGGUAAGCGUCAACGUGGGCCGAAGAUGAGGGUAAAGUAAGCUGAUUUACUAAUGUUCAAUAAAAUUCUACGAUAC